AUGCAUCUCAACCAAGCACCUCCGGCUCUGACCGGCCCCAAGUAUCUUCUCUCCGCUGAGAUUGGCGUCAAGGAGAUCAUCAGCAAGACACCCGGCUCCGGCUCGGAUGCAGGCUCGGUCACAACAGCCUAUGAUGAUAUCCCUACUUCAAUCAUGACGGCGGAUGCUCUUGCUGCUGCCAUAUCAGACUCCAAGCGUGCAAGCAACAAUCCCUCAGUUCCAGUGGCAAUCUGCGGCAUGGCUAUGCGCCUGCCUGGAGGUAUCACAUCCUCCGAGCAGUUCUGGGAUCUGCUGGUUAACAAGCGUGACGCUCGUAGUCGCAUUCCAACCUCACGCUACGAUGUGGAUAGUUUCCUCUCUUCCACCGGCAAGAGUGGAACGGUCAACACAACUCAUGGUUACUUUCUGGACCGCGACCUUACCCAGUUUGACGCUUCGUUGUUGUCCAUGACGAGGAACGAAGUCGAAAAGCUGGAUCCUCAACAGCUGUUGCUCCUGGAAAUCACCAGGGAAUGCCUUGAGAAUGCAGGCGAAGCGGACUGGAGAGGCAAACGGAUUGGUUGCUAUGUGGGAACCUUUGGACAAGAUUGGUUUGAGAUGCAAUCCAGAGAUACCCAGGAGGCCGGACCCUACCGGAUCACUGGAACAGAAGACUUCUUGUUGGCCAACAGAAUCUCGUAUGAGUACGACUUCAAGGGGCCAAGCUUCAUCGUCAAGACUGCUUGCUCAAGCUCGCUGAUUUGCCUUGAUCUGGCCACCAAGGCAAUACAGAACGAGGACAUCUCCAGUGCCAUUGUCGGAGGUUCCAACUUGAUCAUGAACAUGAACAUGACUCAUGCUCUUGCUGAACAGGGAGUUCUCAGCCCAAAUGGCUCAUGUCGGACCUUUGACGCUGACGCUGACGGCUAUGCCCGAGGCGAGGCUGUCAACAUGAUCUACCUCAAGCGCCUCGACGAGGCCAUCAGGGAUGGCAACCCCAUCCGUGCCAUCAUCAAGGGAACAGCAACCAACUUCGACGGCAAGACGCAAGGCAUUGCGCAGCCCAGUUCCAAAAGCCACGAGGCAUUGAUACGAGACUGUUACAACAAAGCGGGUAUCAGCGACUUCACCCGGACGGCCAUGGUUGAGGCACAUGGCACAGGCACAAAGACUGGAGACCCCAUCGAGACAACCGCCAUUGCCAACGUCUUUUACGAAAAGGGUGUAUACAUCGGCUCUGUCAAGCCGAACCUGGGCCACGCCGAGGGUGCUUCUGGCCUAACUGGCGUCAUCAAGAGUGUUCUGGCGCUUGAGCACAAAGUCAUUCCUCCCAAUAUCAAGUUUGACAAGCCGAACCCAAAGAGUAAGAUCUAUGCCAUGCAGUUUUCCGACAUUUAUCUAACCGGAAUUGUUGCAGUUCCGUUCCAAAAGGGCCUCCGAGUGCCGGUGGAACCGACCCCUUGGCCCCGAGACCGCCACGAGCGUAUCAGCGUCAGCAGCUUUGGAAUAGGCGGCGCUAAUGCCCACUUGGCUUAUACCCUUGGAGAGCGGCGGGAACAUCUCGAUUUCCGUUCAUACGCGGUGGCAGUUGAAAGCGCACCCACUGUGUUUGCCGCGCCCCAAAAGGCGGCCAGUACCCCUUCGGGUGUCGUUUUCGCAUUCAAUGGCCAAGGCAGCCAGUGGGCCAGUAUGGGAUCAACAUUGAUUUCCAGUUUUCCCUCUGCCUCGGACGACCUCGAUAUCAUGGACAAGGUGUUGUCAGGCUUGCCAUGUCCGCCGGCAUGGACUCUGAGAGACGAAAUUUUACGCCCCAAAGAGACAAGCAAUGUCAACAAGGCAGAGUUCUCGCAGCCUCUCUGCACAGCCGUUCAGAUCAUCAUUGUCAACCUGCUGAGAAAGUUUGGAGUCGUCCCGGCAGGUGUCGUCGGUCAUUCGAGCGGAGAGAUUGCUGCGGCAUAUGCUGCCUCCGCCUUAGACAUGCAAGAGGCCAUCGUUGCUGCGUAUCUGCGAGGUUUUGUCAUGGGACAGCAGACCGGCCAGAAAGGAGCCAUGGCCGCUGUUGGAUUGGGCAAAGACGGGGUGGACCUGUUUCUCGUCCCUGGCGUGGUGGUUGCCUGCGAAAAUAGUCCAACCAGCGUGACAUUGUCCGGCGACGCGGACAAGAUCGACCAAGUCAUUGCCGAGAUCAAAGAGGAAGCCCCUGAUGUGUUUGUAAGAAAGCUGGUGGUGGAGAUGGCGUACCACUCCCAUCACAUGAAGAGCGUUGGCGAGAUAUACGAAACAAUGCUUCGUCCUUUUGUUUCAAGCAAGUCGCCCUCGGUGCCGUUCUUCUCAACCGUCACCAACAAAAUCCUUGACCAGGGAGGAUCUCUGGAUGCUUCGUACUGGAGAAGCAAUCUGGAAUCACCAGUGCUCUUCAACACGGCUGUUCAAACUGUCCUUGCUCGUUUUCCCGAGAGCAUUAUUGCCGAAAUUGGACCUCAUUCGGCGCUUGCUGGUCCUCUCAGACAGAUCAUGCAGACCUUUCAGCCAAACAAGGUCGAAUACCUCCCUACUUUGGUCAGAGGCCAAGAUGGGACUAUCAACAUGCUCACGUUUGCCGGCGAGCUAUUCACAAGAGGCUUCAAGCUUGCAUUUCAAGACAUCAACCCCCGUGGCAAAGUCUUGACCAACCUCCCCAACCAUCCCUGGCAUUAUGAGGGUCACUACUGGUACGAAAGCCGCCUGUCCCACAUGAGGAGAUUUCCCAAGUUUCCCCGUCACGACCUCUUGGGGUCUCAUAUUGCCGAGUGUGGUGAUGCUGAGCCUGCAUGGCGAAACAUUUUGCGCCUCGCCGAUGUCCCCUGGAUCAGAGAUCACAUGGUCGGGCCCGAUAUCGUUUUUCCUGCGGCAGGCUACAUUGCCAUGGCAGGUGAAGCCGUUCGACAGGUCACGGGCUGCACUGAUUACACUCUCCGAGAGUUAUCCAUCGGCCACGCCAUGAUAUGCCGAGACUCGGGGCACAACGAGACCGUUUUAACGCUGCGUCCCCACCGUCUGACAACGAGCCUGAACUCGGCGUGGUACGAGUUUACAAUCUCGUCGUGCAACGGAGGGGCGUGGACCAAGCACUGCUCUGGUCAGGUCAGAGGUGGACGACACCUUGACGGCGUCGAGGUGCCCGCAACCAGCGACCUGCCGAGAAAGAUUGCGGCAGGACCGUGGUACCAGACGUGGCGCAAUGUCGGGCUCAACUACGGUCCUCGGUUUCAGGGCAUCGAGAGGCUUUCUGCUCAUCCUGCCAAGAACAAGGCUGUGGCUCACAUCGUCAACCGAAUCGAUGAGAACGACUCUGUCUAUCAGCUUCACCCGACGACCAUUGACUGCUGUCUCCAGUUGUUCAUGGCAGCGGCUUGCCGUGGACAGACACGAGCCAUGCACAAGCGGUCGAUCGUCCCCACGUUCCUUGGUGAUGUCUACAUCGGGACUUUGGGUGCCAAUAAUGAGAUGACUGUGGAGGCUGGGGCUGACUACACAGUCAGAGGAGGCGUCGAUGGCACAUGCAUGGGCGUUGGUCGAAACAAUGAGGAUAUUGUGCUGGUCAUCAGAGACAUCAAACUGUCCCCUGUGGGGGAAGAAGAGCCUGCUUCUGAAGUUGAUCCUCAUGCUGGCGCGCACCUCGUAUGGAAGCCCCAUGUGGCCUUUCAAGACCUGAGAGACUUGGUCGACGUCCGGACCCUGGUGGAGCGAGAAACAUUUCCCUUGUUGCAAAAGUUGACGCUAUGCUGCUCCAUCGAGGCUUGUAAGCGCCUGGAGGGCGUCAUCCAUACAGUCACCCAUGAGCACCUCAGGAAAUUUCAUGCUUGGUUGCACGCCCAAGUGGAACAGGCCAAGACUCGGGGAUAUGCCCUCGUCGAUAAUGUUGACGAACUCCUCCAGCUAUCCUCGACGGAGCGAGUGACUCUUAUUUCCCAAACAGCCAGGGAGAUUCAGAACACAGAGGCAUCCAUCAUUGGCACGGCUGUUCACAGGAUCUUUGAUGCAAUCGAGGAGAUUUUCCGCGGCGACAUUGAAGCGCUCGAGGUUCUUCGAGAGGGAGAUGUGUUGACCGACUUGUACAACUUCAUUGACAACAAGAAUUACAGCCAAUUCUUAAGACUGCUGAGCCACAGCAAGCCGAACCUAAAGAUUCUCGAAGUCGGGGCCGGCACUGGAGCAACGACCGAGGUAGUCUUGGGUUCGCUGGAUUCCUUCUCGUCCUACACCUUCACCGACAUCUCUGCUGGCUUUUUCCCUGCGGCCAAGGAAAGAUUCGACAAAGUCAAAGCCAUGGAGUUUAUGCCCCUUGAUAUCAGUAUUGACCCAGCAAGUCAGGGAUUUAAACUUGGCUCAUAUGAUCUCGUCAUUGCCACCAACGUCUUGCACGCCACGCCCAGCCUGCACGAGACGCUUGUCAACGUGAGGAAGCUACUGAAGCCUGAUGGGCAGAUGCUUUUGCAAGAGCUUUCCCCAACGACAAAGUGGUUCAACUACACCAUGGGCCCGCUUUCGGGUUGGUGGCUGGGAGAGGCAGAUGGUCGUCCCGACGAACCAUACGUUGGCUAUCAAAGAUGGAUUGAUGAAAUGUCCAAAGCUGGGUUUGAGCAUGCUCACCCGGUUAUGCUCAAUGAAGAGGACGCGUUCUACGAGCUCAACAUUACCUGGGUCGCAUCGGGUGCUCCUCCUCCUCCCGUGGACCGCCGAGGCAUCUCCGUCCUGUCAGCGCAGCCAGAAAGCCCCGUUGCCAACGCCGUGGUCAAGGCCCUCCAGAACCGCAAUUUUGAAGUGGAAAUCAUUGGGCUCCAUGACACUCCAAAGAGCGACAUAAUCUCCAUUCUCGAUCUCGAAACAAACAAGCCCUUCCUCGAUGGUUUAUCUCCAACCGCCUUCUCCCAGCUCCAGGCAUUUACCACGAACCUCGGCAGCUCAAGCGGCUUUGGAAUGCUCUGGUUGACUAAAUCGUCCCAAGUCAACUGCACAGAGCCCCAGUACUCACGUAUUCUUGGUCUCGCUCGCACUAUUCGCAAUGAGCUUCUCGUCGACUUUGCCACCCUUGAGCUCGAAAACCUGGACUUUUUGGCUUCUGACGAACAGAUGAAUACAAUCUGCAAAGUUCUCUGCCAGUUUCAACAGCAAAUCGCCUCCGGUGGAGACCAAGGCGACGACGAUUCCGGGCCCGACUACGAGUAUGCCCUGGUCAGAAACACCGUUUAUGUCCCUCGUUUCCAUCGCUUUUCUGUGGAGGACAGCUUGGCUCUCGAAGCUGACUCGGCAUCCGCCGGAGUGGCUAAGAAGCUCAAAGUAACGAAACGGGGCUCGCUGAAAGGCCUCGAAUGGGUAAAUGUCCCCAACUCAGAGUUCGGCGCAUCCACGCUGGUUGGUGAUGAGGUUAUUGUCGACACAAGAGCGGCAGGGAUGAACUUCAAGGACAUCCUUACCGCUAUGGGGGUGAUUGACGGACAAAAGGUCGAGGGGACAGGGCUGGGGUUGGAGUGCGCCGGUGUCGUCAGCGCUGUCGGACCCGGUGCUGCUUCCAAUGGCCCCAAAGUGGGAGACAGAGUGGCUGUGGGCGCGUUCAACAGCUAUGCCACCAGGGUAAAGGCAAGAAUUGUGGCCAAGAUACCAGACGAGAUGUCAUUCGAAGAAGCAGCGACAAUUCCGAGCGUGUACUGCACGGUUAUCCAUGGUUUGUUGGAUCUGGCAAGGCUGAAAGCCGGUCAGUCCGUUCUCAUCCACUCCGCCUGUGGCGGGAUUGGUAUCGCAGCGAUCCAUGUUGCUCGCAUGGUAGGAGCGGAGAUUUAUGCAACAGUCGGUAGCGAAGAAAAGGUCCAGUACCUUGUUGAUACCUUUGACAUCCCGAGACAGCGCAUUUUCCACUCUCGAGACUCUAGCUUUGUGGCCGGCGUCUAUCGUGAAACAAAGGGGCAGGGCGUUGAUGUUGUUCUCAACUCUCUGUCGGGGGAUCUCCUCCAUGCUUCGUGGAAAUGCGUUGCCGAGUUUGGCAGCAUGGUCGAGAUUGGCAAGAGAGAUUUCAUCGGCCACGGUAAGUUGGCCAUGGACAUGUUUCAGGAGAACCGCUCCUUCUUCGGCGUGGACCUUGCGCCCAUGUACGUCAAGAGACCAGAAAUGGCCAAAAGUUUGCUGGAACGGGCCAUGGCGUUUUACAAAGCAGGAAAGAUUCAUCCUAUCCUCCCGAUGACUUGCUACGAUUGGUCCCAGCUGGAAGACGGGUUGCGGUUCAUGCAGACAGGACAGCAUACCGGCAAGCUGGUGGUGCGUAUGCCUGGGGACCCUUUACUUCUCCCGGCUACAGCCACUGUCCGGAGCGGGUUUUCCCUUCGUGCAGAUGCAUCGUAUCUUCUUGUCGGUGGGCUGGGUGGCCUGGGUCGACAGGUAGCCAUCUGGAUGGCAGAGAGCGGCGCAAGGCAUCUGGUUUUCUUGUCUCGAAGCGGCCAAGAUGCUCCAGAAGCUUCCCAACUUACCAAGGAGCUUGCCGCCAUGGGCUGCGCCGUCAAGGUCAUCAAGGGUAGUGUAACAAGCUUGCAAGAUGUCCGCCGGGUCGCAUCCGAGGCACGGCCCCCUGUUGCUGGUGUGGUUCAGCUGGCCAUGGUUCUGAGGGAUGCCGCAUUCCCCCAAAUGACACACAACGACUGGGAGGCAGUCAUGGGCCCCAAGGUUGAAGGGACAUGGAACCUGCACAAGGCCUUUUCGGACGAAAGCCUCGAUUUUUUCGUUCUCUUUGGGUCUUCCUCUGGUGUCUGGGGCAACCGGGGGCAGGCCAACUACGCUGCUGCCAACACGUUCCUAGAUUCGUUUGUUCAGUAUCGCCAUCAUCUCGGUCUCUGCGCGUCGGUCAUGGAUGUUGGCAUUGUGGGCGAUGUCGGCUACGUGAGCCAGAACAAGGCCAUCAAAGAGCUGUUCCAGUCCAAGGGUGCGCAUAUCCUGGGCGAGCAAAAGGUUCUUGAUGCUCUAGAGCUUGCAAUCAAGACAUCAGGCCCCCCUGCUCCGAAGAGGUCCGCAACCGCUGAAUCCUUUGUCAACAAGAGUCAGCUGGCUAUUGGGCUGAGGGUCGAUGAGUCGCGAGCUUCGGCCCAGAAUCGUGCCGUCUCGCUGUGGGGUCGAGACCCUAGAUUCGGUGUGUUGCGAAGCCAUGAGAAGCAAAAGGCCGGCACAGCGGGCAGUAUGCCAAGCGCAAUGCUGGAGAAGCAGGAUGGCUGCACUGAUCUCGACGAAUUAUUUGCUGCUGCGAGCGACAAUGCUCAGAUAUUUGCUGAGCCGUCUGCCAGCGCCAUCAUUUCGCGGCACAUUGGCACAACGCUUCUGACCUUCAUGAUGAAGCCGGUCGAGAGCCUGGAUGUCACGGCAAGCCCGGUAUCGUUGGGCAUCGAUUCUCUGAUGGCUAUCGAGUUGCGCAACUGGUGUCGGCAGCGGCUGGGAACUGAGGUGACGGUUCUGGAGAUUAUGGGGGCGCCGUCGAUUGAGAGUCUGGGGAUGAGUGUCGUGGAGAGAUUGCUGGCUGAAAGAGCAUGA